ACUGCACAUUAUAACGAAAAUUUUUGUCUCUGCUAAUUAGAAAUGAAUUGGUUAUUUUGGUAUGUUACUGUUGUUACAUUGACUGCAGUCCAUUUAAAACCCUUACAACUGGUCGAAUUUAGUGAUUCGUACCUGGAAGAAGUAGAGAAGAUAAUUAAAGAAUGUCAAGCUAACCCAGCUACCCGUGCUUCUGAAGAAUGGUUAAAAACAGAAGAUCUUGCAACUGCAGAUCAAUAUGGAGGCCAUAUUUUAUGUCGAUUAACAAAGGUUGGAAGCUUAAAACCAAAUGGAGAUGUUGAUAAGGAAGGAAUGAGACGAGAUAUUUCGAAGGGUAUAGAUGAUCCAAAGAUAGUAGACCUAAUUGUUGAAAAAUGUGGACAUCGCGUUUCCGGUUUGUCAGCAGAACAAAGUGCCGUGGAAAACUUUAGAUGUGUUGUUUCAACAGUCCAAAGCCUUUAACGUUACUAAAAUACUUAAAAUCCGUAGAUUGAUUCUUGUUCACGAAAAUAUGUUGUGAAUUUUUCGAUAGAU